ACCGUGUGCACUGUCAAUGCAGAAUUCAUAGUGUUUAAGGGAAUAGGGUACAAAGUAAUGGAAUAUCAGUACAUACGGCAUACUCACUGGAGAGGGAGAAGAGAGUUAGGAAACAACAACCAGAGACUCUCAUCACCUGAGGAUGUAGAGCGUUUCCACAGGCAGCAGACUGUAGAGAACCAGAACCACCACUCCGAGCUACGUUCCCCCAGCACAGUCCCCAGGAGGUACACCAUCGGAGGGCAAGGGCCUCGCAGCGCCAGAGACCCCCUGACCAUGCAGCACGCUGACGUAGAGAGGAAGAAAGAGGUGUUCCUGGAGCACCUGAAGCAGAGGUAUCCUCACCAUGCUGCUGUCAUCAUGGGCCAUCAGGACCGCCUCAGAGACCAUGCCAGGAGCCCCCAGCACUCUGCCAGCCCCCCGCCCGGUAUAGGGGAGCAGCUGGAGCACCUCUCGGUGGCCUCUCUGGAGUCUCUGGAGACCAUGUCAGAGGGAGACGGCCUAGCCGCCUUCACCCGGGGCUGCCAGGCACGGGCCAGCCUGCCGGUGGUCCGCUCUGCCAACCAGACCAGGGUCAGAUCAUUAGGUGUGCUCUACCUGCAGUACGCAGAGGAAACCAAGCAGAUCCGGAUGCCCAAUGAGAUUACCAGCAAAGACACAAUCAGGGCUCUGUUUGUUAGUGCUUUCCCCCAGCAGCUCACCAUGAAGAUGCUGGAGUCUCCCAGUGUAGCUGUGUACAUCAAGGAUGAAACCAGGAACAUGUACUAUGAGCUAACUGAUGUCAGAAAUAUUACACCUCGAUGCUGUCUGAAGGUGUACCACAAAGACCCUGCACAUGCCUUCAAUCGCAGCAACGCAAGGCCUAGCAAUGCUGAAGGCAGGAUACCAAGGGAGAUACUGUAUGGAAGUCAUAGCCCUGUGCACACUUUACAAUCCACCUGCAGUCCUGUCCACACCAUACAGGGGUCCAUGUCUCCCCCCACGGUCCGCUCCAUGCCCUCCUCCCCCUCCAGGAUCCCCUACGUCCCCCGAACUGGGGGAGGGGUGCCAGGCAGUGCCACCCUCCCCAGGGCCGGCAUGUCCAGUGGGCCCCCCAGCAGGUCCGUCACCCCCUGCCCCAGUGCCAUCCAGGAGAGAAGAGACGUCAAACCUGACGAGGACCUAAGCAGUAAAAGUAUAGCGCUGGUGCGUGCCGACGGGUUGUAUGUCAACGUCACUGACCGUUACGCUGUCCAGGAGGGCCGGCUGAGUAUCGCCUCCUCCAAGGGGGGCGGCCACACGGGGAACAUGGUCGACAUGGGUGGUGGUAGCCUCCACUGGGCCUCGGUCAAGUCCACAACCUCCUAUACAGAGAACCCGGAGCAGCAGCACUCCCUCUACAGGCAGAAGUCCCGGAGGUACGGGGAAAGCCAGGGACUACCGCCGCUUGACACCAAAACCCCGCCCCCUUCCCCUCACAGAUUGAACGACAACCACGGUCCUGUGGCCACGGAGAGGGACUCUCCAAUUCGCCGGUCUCUGCGGAAGGAGAGUAAUGGUAAUACAGUGGAGGUGGUGAACAGGACCAGGGGUAGUGUGUCCUCUAUGUCCUCCUCUCCUGUGUUCGUGGAGCUCCCCCCAGGGCUCUAUGGGGACAGGCUGUUUCAGGGUCACCUCACCCCCAAUAACCCCCAGACCAGUGAGCGAAUGAAGGCCAUGGAACAACAGAUUGCCAGUCUGGCUGGCCUUGUUCAGCAUGCACUUGCUAUUGGGCCAGCUGAGAAAGAUAGGAGGACUGCUUCUCCUUUCCAUGUCAACAACAGUACAGGAGUGUCACCAGUUCCUGCAGCCAGCCUCCUUGCAGACAGCUCCAAUGCUCUAGUCUCUCAGGCCCCUCCCCCUGACCCCACCCUGCAGGUCACACUGACCACGGUCAGGAGGAACGUCACUGACCUCCGACAGCAGCUUCACCAACUCAAACAGCUACAGAUGCAGAACCAGGACAGUGUGAGGGGGAUGCUGAAGAGAGCAGAGGAGGAGCUAGCUGAGGUGAUGUCUGAGACCCUACAGAGACAACAGCAGGAGACAGAGCCUGGCCAGAGACAGAGGACCACGGUGGAUGAGGAGAGACACAAGUACCAGGCCAUGGAGGAGAGAGUGCUGGCUCAGCUCAGGAAGCUGGAGGAGUAUGUGGACCAUCUGAGGAGAGACUCGUCCUCUGGCAAAGGUCAGCCGUCAGUCACCCUCAGGGACGUGGAGGAGGGAGCUGUCAACCUCAGGAGGGUGGGAGAGUCCUUAGCUGGACUUAAAGGUGAGUUCCCAAGCCUGCAUGGGAAGAUGCGGACGGUGCUGUGUGUGGAGGUGGAGGCGGUGCGCUUCCUGAAGGAGGAGCCUCAAAAGAUGGACAGCAUGCUUAAGAGGGUCAAAGCCCUGACAGAGGCUCUCAGCGGUCUCAGAAGAUGUGUCACAGAGAAUCAUCCUCAUGAUCCCAAGCCUGGAGCAGCCAAAGCAGCCACAGCAGAGGGGGGUGUAAAGCCUGCCAUUGACCAGUCUGAACCCCCCCGGAAGAAUCUCCCCACAAUGGAAUCCCCCAAACCUCAGCCCAGGACCUCUGUCAGACCCCCCCAGCCCCAGGUCAAGAACCCUGCAGGCAGGCCAGACACGGCCUCCACCUCACCUGACGUCGUCCACCGUGUGAAGAGCUCUCCCAUCAACAUGCAGCCGUGUCAGCACUUAGCAGCUCUGCCACACCACCACCCCAGCCCCCCACUGACUCCCACCCACGGCCGAGACUCCCCCACCGUGGCCAAGGUCAGUCCCCGCAGCCGGGAGAACAGCCCAGCCCUGCAGAAGAGAAUGGUCCCCUGGUGCGGCGAUGGACCGGCACCCAUGGCCAGCAGCACUGAGACCACCACACAACCACCUGGCUCAGAGGAGAUCCACACCAACAGUGGCAGCAUCAAACACAUAGUCAUGGACAUUGAGGCUGCAGAGAGAGAGAGGGACCUGGAGGAGGGGAGGUCAUCACAGAACUCAGUAGCCACCUCUGCUGGGAGUGAGUUUGAACAGAUUCUCCAGGAGGCCCAGGCCAGCCUGAUGAGGGCCAUACCCGACCUGGAGGUGACUGAGACAGGGAGGAGGGAGGCUCAGUCCUCCCCUCCACCCCUAGCUCCAGACCAUCCAUCUCUCCCCCAGCCUCUCCCAGACCCAGAGCUGCCCCUCAACACUCCACUGCAAGACGAAGUAGAUGCCCCUCAACCUACUGAGGCAUCUCUUCCAGAACCCACUCAGCCAGCUAAUGUGGCUGCUGAGGUGACUGUUCAGGCCAGCCCUGAGCGACCACAUAGGCCUAUGGUUGAGAAGCCUCGCAGGCCCAGUGUGGAGAGGGAGAUGAAGAAUAGCCCAGAGAAGGCAGGGAAGUCUCCUCCACCACCCCCACCACGGAGGUUCUUCCCUUCACUGUCAGGCCCAGGGCUGACCACAGGGAGGUCUGGAGAAGUCAUCUUUACUACCAGGAAGGAAGCCGCCACCGCACAGGAUGAUGAAGAGGAGGUGGUCCCUCAACCCAGUCCCAAACCCACCAGACAGCCCCCAGAGGUCAAGCCCAAGCCCCAAACCACUCCUGUUUCCACAGCCUCAGCUGAGACAGAGGAAAAGGAGGACGAAGAAGAAGAGGAUGAUGAUGAUGAGGAGGAGGAUCAAUUCAUGAAGGAACUACAGGUGUUUCAGAAGUGCACUCUUAGAGAUGUAAGCACGAAGUGUGACAUAGACCUUACAAGCACUGCAUCCCAAGUCAGACAGAUAGAGCCAGAGCUCUCCCUCUCACCCAAAGACCCAAAGAGUCAGGAGAACAAGGGUAAAGAGAAAAGUGUGCUCAACACUGAUGAAAACAGAUUUGACACUGUUCCAAAGAGUCCCAGGGUCAUGUAUUAUGUCACAGGACAGUUAUCCAAUGAGAAGCCUCCAUCGGGAAAAACAGACCAAUCGGAAGGCAGGGAGGGAACAGUGUCCCCCUCACAGGUGGCAGACACAAAUACAUUUGACUCCCAGCAGCCAGAGUUACUAAUAGCAGACAGGUCACCUCUAGUAUCAUGUAACUCAGUGCUGGAAAGCCAAGAUUGUCCUCCUAAUACACAGAAGAUAGCAGUUGGAGAAGAUAGUGAGAAGGAGAGCCUCGUAGAUGAGAAUGUCCGGAAGGAUCCUGUUCAGAGUCAGAAAGUGAGGGUAGUUGAACCUGUGUCUCCUCCAAUACCUGCAGAGAAGCAGGACAUAUCUGAAGCCUCUCAACAAGACUGUUAUCUUACUAACAGUAUAACAUCAUCAUCUUUGUCAACAUCACAACCACCAUAUUCACCAGCAUCACUACCACCACCACCAUCAUCUUCACCACCACCAGUACCAGUAAUCAAGUCUGUGACUAGUACAGGCCAGGAGGUUUCAGGUAAUCCAGGGUCUCCUCCACCAGAGAGCAGGGGCCUGGAUGACAGCCAGAGCCCGCAGGUAGUGUUGAGGUCCUCCAGAGGAAGAGCACCACGGUAUGUAGAGGAGGGCAGCAGCCUGAGCCCUGACCUCCCAGAUGAGGAGGGCCCUCCUCCCCCUGAGAACAUCUCCUUCAUGAUGAUCACCAGCAACAGAGUGCAGGCUCUGUCCGCUGGGGAGUACCAGGAGAUAGUGAAUGGUACCAACGUGUCCGAGGUUCAGACCGUCAAUGUGGGGAACGACACCACCAGUAUCAGCCAGGAGCACUGUGGCUUCGACAGGAAGCCUGUGAUCAUCAUAUUCGACGAGCCCAUGGACAUCCGGUCGGCCUACAAGCGUAUGUCCACCAUCUUUGAGUGUGAAGAGGAGCUGGAUAGGCUGCUGCACCAGCAGAGCAUCAAGGAGGAAGCAGAGGAGGCAGCGUCAGAGAAGAGUGUACCUCAGGUAAAGCCUAACACUGAACUACAUCAGGCAAACAAGACAGCAGUGACAGAAAACACUGCAAGCCGUCACAAUAAUAGUCCUGCUGUGGUUGCGCAACAGAAGAGUACAGCAGAGUGCUCAUCGCCAGAACAGUCUAAAACAGAGCCCUCAAACAGCAGCAAACCAGAGACCAAAAAUAAGUUCAAAUUCAAGUUCCCCAAAAAUAAGUUGGCGGCUAUCAGCCAAGCGAUUCGCACUGGGACCAAAACAGGCAGGAAGACGCUCCAGGUGGUGGUCUAUGAGGACAAGGAGGAGUGGGACGGACACAUGAAGGAGACCGAAAGGUUUGAGAUCAACAGCAGUAGCAUACACCAAACUGACUCCAGUCACCUCACCACUGUGAAUAACAUCACAUCACCAAGCACUCUCACCCAGUCAAACUCUAAACGCAGGACAGAGGAGAUCUGUAAGAAUGCCUACGAGUCCAUAACCAGUCUAGAGGAGACCAUUAAACAGCUGGAGAUCACUGUGGACAAUAUAAGCCCCACAGCGCCUAAGACAGACUCCUGUGAAGAGUCUCCAGCCGCUGUGAAACCCAAACGAGAGAGGGAGGGCAGUCCCUCCAAGAGGCCUGCCCCUCCUCAGGUCUCGAAGUCCCUGAAGCAUCCUCAGAGUAAGAAGUCCAAACCACAGCUUCCCAGGCCGUCCGUCACAAGCAGCUCCAAGAAACAGAAUACAAGUGGCUCUCCUUCUUCGAAUCGGAUGUCUCUUUCUGUGUCUGCAAAGUCCUGGCAGCAACCAGCUGGGUCAGCUGACAAACCAGGAGGAAAAACUCAGAAGCUCCAGGCCAAUCAGAAGCAGUUUCCACAGGCUAACAGAAGUGCUAAGAAAGCUGGUGGGGAUAGUAACCAUUAUUUCCUUGCUUUACCUGCUUCUAAGAUCCCAGCCUUUUGUCAUAGCUCUGGAAAAAAUAUGUCAUCGCCCGGUUCAAACUCUGUGUCUAACCCUAUUAAAUCACCUUCCUCCUCCCCGUCCUCCUCACACAAGUCUUUCAUCCCGUCUCUUAAUCUGAGUCGUCUCAUCCCUCCUAGUCCUUCUCUCAAUAACAGACGUCAAAAUCUUUCCCUCUCAUCACAAACCCAAAAUGGCCGACCCAGCCCUUUCUCUUACUGCUCAUCUUCCUCUUCCUCCUCCACCUCCCCCUCUUCCAACUCCUCCUCUUUGUCCCCCACAUCCACGUCUUCCACCUCCUCCUCCCCUCCCUCUCCCGCCCUCCUCUCCCCAACUGCCAUGAGUCAAGGUGCGAGGAGUAUCCACCGCAUUGCACAUAUACCCAGCUUCACCGGUCACAAGAUGCAAGGUGGACACAGCAGCAAAACCACACACAUACCAGCAGUUUCUUCGUCCAAGGACAUAUGAUGAUCUUUUUAUAUGUAUAUGUAAAGUUAAGAACGUACCGUAAACUCAUGCCACAGCUAGCUUGAAAUGUCGCGGAUGGAGCCAUCCAAUUUGUACCUUUUAGGUGGCUCAACCCGUUGGAACGUUGUCAAGGAGGCCGGUUACGUGUGUUGCAAAGCAGAGGAUCACUGGUUGGAGCCCAGUAUGGGGCAGUCGGACAGUGGAGGAAGCUAAGCUGUUAGCAGCACAUGGACCCCUGUUACAUAACGGUAUAUAAAGUAUAGUGGAGGGAAAUGCUGUUUUAAUGGCAACAUAAUACAAUUGCAGGGCAUUCUCUCAUUUCUCUCUAACUUUGAUACGUUUUUGAUCAUGAUCAAUUUGAGUUCACAUACAAAAACAGAAAAUAGCUUGAGCUGGUUUUCAUUCAAUGCUCCCUUUGAGCAAGGGGACCUUUUUAUUUCUGCCUCAGCUUUUGGGUUGUUCCGCGAAAAGAGCGCCUUUUGCGUCCCUUUGAUAUUUUAAAUAGAAAUUGUGCACCAAUAUUGAAUUGUAAAAGCCUGUUAU